AUGGCUCUCAAGCAACCCAUCAAAACCACGACGAACUCCACUCCCGCGUCAAAUGUGCAAACUCUCCAACUCCCGAAACCUCAGAACCUCGACCUCCUCCCAGCCCUACACGAACUUCUUGCACGCGUCGAUGCCCACAACAACAAAGUCUUCACGACUGAAGAUCACCACACGCUCGAAGAUGGCAGUACCGACAUCGGCUCUGACUAUGUUCAUUGUGACCCGCUCAACCCGAAAGAUCUGCCGACUGCGACGCUCGAGAUCAAAGGCAGGAUCAGAGCAGCACUGAGAGAGAUUGAGAGGCUGCCGGAUGUGGAUAGGUCGCUUGAGGAGCAGGAAGAGGAGAUCCAAGAGUUGGAAGAGAAGAUUCGGAAGCAGAGGGAAAUGUUGAGGAAGUUGGCGGAUGUCGCGAAGGGUGCGGAAGGGAAGAUGGGCUGA